GUUUAGAAUCAAUUCUAACAGUUUAGGUCACAGUCGAUAUUAAUUAGCGUCUCAUCAAAGAUGAUUUUGAAGCGUCUUAAACAAUCAAACCCGAAAUUCUCUCAAUUUCUGGUCUCGUUCUGCACUACGUUUCUGAAUUACUGAAUAAGAAUGGCGCAGGCCGCCAGAUUGAAUCUACGUAUGCAGAAGGAAUUGAAACUACUGCACACCGAUCCACCUCCUGGCGCCUCUUUUCCUUCUCUUUCCGACGCCUCUUCUUCUGCCUCGUCGCUAACUUCCAUCGAUGCACUCUUUCAAGGACCUGAGGGAAGUGUGUACGCCAAUGGCGUGUUUAGAAUUAAGAUCCAAAUACCGGAACGGUACCCAUUUCAACCUCCUAUUGUGACCUUUGCUACUCCUAUAUACCACCCAAACAUUGACAAUGGUGGUCGCAUAUGCUUGGAUAUCCUCAAUCUCCCGCCUAAGGGCACUUGGCAACCAUCUUUAAACAUUUCAACUGUUUUGACAAGUAUUGGGCUGCUACUUAAUGAGCCAAACCCCGAUGAUGGCCUUAUGCAUGAAGCAAGUAGAGAGUUUAAAUAUAACAGAUGUGCUUUUGAUCAGAAAGCUAAAUCCAUGACUGAAAAAUAUGCCAAAGCUGGAGAUAGUGGCAGAACUGAAAGCAAACAUUGCAAUGAAUCUCAUCAAUUUCCAAACACAGAAUAUAAUGAAAAAGAAGGUCAAAAUGCAUCCACAUGUGUUCCUGAACACUUAUUAUGCAAAGAGAGAUCUGAUGGAAGCAGCAGGGAGCUGUUGUCAAGGUUUCCAGGAUCCUGUAGUAAGUUUGAUGGCAGUAUGAUCAAAGCACAAAUUCAUGAUUGUUCGACUCUUGGAACUGAUAUUCAGCAACAUAAAGAAGCUAAUAACAUUUCUAUUAAACAUGCUGAGAAUCCUAGUAAAUUACCGGCCACUAGAAAGAAACUUUCGCUACAUACCCCAGUUGUUUCCUCUGGUCAAAAUGGUAAAAGUGGUAAACUUUCUCAACGAGUCGAUGAACCCGCUGCAUACCAGAGAGCAGGGAAACAAGCAGUUAUUGAAGAUACUCAGCUUCCCGAAAGAGCUAAAGAAGUGCUACAGAAUUUUGGAGAUAAGACGCAGGGCUGUGACAGGGAGAAGCCGAGUGUUUUAGAAUAUGAGAAUACAUCAAUUCCUUGUGGUGAAAAGUUGGAAGAAUGUUUGGUGUCCUCCGAGACAGGUGAAGCUGCAAUUGUGUUGGAUAGUGAAGACAGUGAGGAUGAGAGUGCAGCUGUGAGAUCAACAUUGUUGGUAGCUAAAAGACGCUUGCCAAGGAAGAGAAAAUCUGGUUUCUUUAGGUGAAGAAAUGGUGGUUCAAACUUCUUGAUUUUUUAUGGAAGUAGAGAAUGUUUUUGUGGUCAUCACAUUCUCCCUUUUUACCCACUGAAGUAACAACAGUGUAUGUAAAUUCGGGAUUUGAAUUGUCUUUUACCAUUUUACAUUACUAAUCAUUCAUUUUCAUGUUA